GGGCUUGAUUGCUAUAUAACCGGCCAUUGUGUUUUUCAAUAAAGGAUCUUUGCACUACCCUACCUCAGGUCCGUGUCAUCAUAUGCCACAAAUGGCGCCUGAAGAGGGACUUCAAAAACACAAGCAUGAAAAAUAGAAGCAUGAAAAACAGAACCAAUGGACUUCAAAAACAGAAGCAUGAAAAACAGAAACAAUGAAUCCGGUGGCAUAGCCCAGCUGAACUUCAGGACAGUUGACAAUUGAGCGCUCUCAUCAGCACUGCUGGACAGCAGGUGAGCAGCUGGGAACCAUGGGGCAAUCUCUUACAAGAGAACAGAGAAAUCAUGUGAACGUGUUACAGAAAGUUUUAAAGACUCAUGGGGGAAAUAUCUCCCAGCUCUCCUGGUUUUCGCAGGAGGGAACGUUAAACAUUACGGUGUGGAAACAUACCGGGGAUGAAUUGGGGCGGCGGAGUGAUGAUAAAGCGAAGAAACUUUUAAUAACUUGGCAACAGGUCUUUUCUGCCUUCCACCGCUUGCAAGCAGUAAAUGUGGCUAAACUCCUGCCCUACGCAGCAACGGCUGGUGAGGGCACCAAAAGGCUCUCGUUAAAAUCCGGACCGGAUUCCGAGCCUGACGAUCCAUUUGACCCAGGGCCGAUUGAUCCGGAACAGGAGCCGGACCUCUAUCCACCUCUUAAUGCGCCUUGCUGUGUCCAUCUUACAGCCCCUUCGGAACCACCCCCCCCCGCAAGAGACGGGACCGCCCGCCAGUGCAGACUGCCCACAACCCCCUCCACUGACCGGCCUUCUGGGAAGAAUCCAUCGCCCCAGGGCCGCUUGGCGGGGCGUGACUACACCGGCCGGGGACGCCCACCGCCUGCCUUCUUCCCGCCUUCCUUCCCCCUCCCGCCCAGCCCUUCCUCUCUCCGCCUGGCGCUGCCUCCGCCUGGUGCCGCCACAGCCGAGCAGCAGGAGGAGGAACAUGGCAAAAGCGGAGCAGGCCUCAGCCUCGAACCGCAGCACGAGCUCAGAUUCAAAGAGCCUUUCGCAGAUGGUGUCACCACAAACCUGAAACUCGGCAAUCCUACAGAUAGAAGUGUGUGCUUCAAAGUUAAGACCACAGCACCACGUAGAUACUGUGUAAGACCUAACAGUGGAAUUAUCGAUGCAGGAACAUCAAUUAAUGUUUCUGUGAUGCUACAGCCUUUGGACUAUGAUCCUAAUGAGUAAAGUAAACACAAGUUUAUGGCUUAAAAAAAAAAAGAAAAAAAAAGAAAAGGAAAAAAAAGAAAAGGAAAAAAGAAAAAAAAGAAAAAAAAAAGAAAAACCAACAGUCUAUGUUUGCUCCAGCUGAUACUUCAGAUAUGGAAGCAGUAUGGAAAGAAGCAAAACCAGAACUCAUGCAUUCGAAACUUAGGUGUGUGUUUGAGCUACCAACGGAAAAUGAUACG